GAGCUUCUUCCUCUCUCUGCUGGUGCUUUCUCGUAGAAUAGUUAGUGCAUUUGUUUGGUGACCUUUAACCAUUAGCUGCUGCAGAGAGUAGAUCCCUCGGUGCUGGGACUGGGGAGAUGUUGCCCUUCCAGCCAUUCUGGGGGAGACAAACCACUCCAUGCGUCAGAGCUGAAUGGCUUUGAGAUCCCAAAGGCAGUAAUGGUGCUGGCCCUGCAGAGGUCAGUGCAUGCCAGAGAACGGGCUGCUGGGGAGAAGGAGCACUAGGCAAGCUUCUGCUGACCAGCUUGUUGGAGCAGAACUGGUGUCGAAUUGUGAGCACUCGGGCAGGGACUGUCCUCUGAGUGCAUACAGUGCCUAGCACAUCAGGGCACUCCUGGUAAACAAAGUGUUAUACCACUAACCCCCUUCUCCAUUUCUCUGUCCCCUGCUGCCUGCCUGAAAAUCCCUGUACUGUUGGGAGGAAGAGAACCUGAAGAUGUUCCUAGGAGUUGCGCCCUUUCAGCAAGGGGGAUAGAUCAGUAAGAAUCCCAGGCCUACAGCACUUUAAGCAAACAUCAUGACUUUCGUGAUCUUCUGGCGAAGGGACUGCUUGAUCUCCGCCUCCAGCCGCUACCACCUGAUGGCGAUGUCCCUGGCCGACACUGUGGUUCUCGUUCUUAUUGUUCUCGUUGAGAUGAUCCUGAAAUGCUACAGCACAGAGCCAUUCUGGUACCGGGACCCCUGGUGCACCCUUCGGGAUGUCUUCAAUUACGGUGCGGUCAACGCCUCCGUCUGGCUGGUGGUCUCCUUCACCGUCGAGCGCUUCGUGGCUAUCAACACCUUCAAGCUGAAAGCAAAGCUGUGCUCCCCGAGACGCACACUCUACACAAUCGCCUUGGUUCACAUCUGCAGCUACCUAGUGGCUAUCCCAUAUUAUUGGUCCAACAGAUCAGAAAGGGUGAAUGGGACGGGGCGGGCGGUCUGCAAGUUUAAUCCUGACCUUCCCAACUCUUACAUCGAAGGGCUGGUUUGGUUUCAGGCCUCACUGGUCAACAUUGUCCCUUAUAUCAUCAUCUUCACCUUGAACAGCCUGACCCUCAGGCAGAUCGUCCUCAGCAACAAAGUGCACUGUGUGAUGGCCGGAGGGCUCCACCGAGUGAACUCUGGGACCCAAUUCAGGUACCAGAAGAAGAAAUCCAUCCGCCUCCUUGUGACUGUCUCGAUGAUGUUCGCUUAUCUGGGCGCCACUAGGUUCGUCACGCAGAUUAUUCUCCGGACCUGCCAUUACGACAUAGAGAGACAAGAUUACUCCAAGGCCAUUAACAUUGCGGUGGACCUUGGCACUAUGCUGGAACUGACCAACUCAGCUGUGAACAUGUAUCUCUAUGCCUGCACCCAGACUGCCUUCCGCAGGGAGCUAGUCCAUUGCCUCAAGGCUCUCCUCUUUCCCUGCAAAGCACAGAGAACGCACCCAUCAGCCAUCUUCCAGGUAUAAUGCACGUUCCAGCUUUGUCAUCGAUUGGCAUGGAGUGUUGGUAGUUCGGACGUGAAAUAGGACAUGGGUAUCCCAGCCCCUCCGAGUGACUCUUUCAGCGCUCAUAGGAAAACUGGCUGUGAUGGGUCAAUGUUAUAGAGCCUUAGAAUUAGAGCUGGCCAAAAUUCAGGAUUGUAGGAAAUUUCUCUAUUUUAGAACGUUUCUUUCUGAAUGGGAACAAAACCAAAUUUUUUGAAAUUUCCCACAACUCAGAAAUUCUGAAAGAAACACGGACACCCAAUCUGCUUCUUGGGACCCCAGC